UGAAAAUAGAAGAGGUUCAGUCCAUGUCGAAGAAACAACGUGUUGCUACCCACACUCACAUCAAAGGCCUUGGUCUUGAGGCCAGUGGAAGAGCAUUGCCAUUUGCUGCUGGGUUUGUGGGGUAAGCCGAGGCUAGAGAAGCAUGUGGCCUUGUGGUUGACAUGAUACGCCAGAAGAAGAUGGCUGGCCGUGCCCUCCUCCUUGCCGGACCGCCUGGGACCGGCAAGACUGCUUUAGCACUCGGGAUAUGUCAGGAGCUCGGAACCAAGGUUCCAUUUUGCCCAAUGGUUGGCUCAGAAGUAUACUCAUCAGAAGUAAAGAAGACAGAAGUUCUUAUGGAAAAUUUCCGACGGGCUAUUGGUCUGCGUAUUAAGGAAAACAAGGAAGUAUAUGAAGGAGAGGUAACCGAGCUCUCUCCAGAAGAAACUGAGAGCGUAACAGGCGGUUAUGGUAAAAGUAUUAGUCAUGUGAUAAUUGGGUUGAAGACAGUGAAAGGAACCAAGCAACUCAAGUUGGACCCCACCAUAUAUGAUGCUUUGAUUAAGGAAAAGGUAGCUGUUGGGGAUGUUAUAUAUAUUGAAGCAAAUAGUGGGGCUGUGAAAAGGGUAGGCCGAAGUGAUGCUUUUGCUACAGAGUUUGACCUUGAAGCAGAGGAAUAUGUUCCACUUCCUAAAGGAGAGGUUCACAAAAAGAAGGAGAUUGUUCAGGAUGUAACCCUACAUGAUCUGGAUGCUGCCAAUGCACGACCUCAAGGAGGGCAAGAUAUUCUAUCUCUUAUGGGUCAGAUGAUGAAACCCAGGAAAACAGAAAUCACUGACAAGUUGAGACAAGAAGUUAAUAAGGAGGUUGUCAACCGAUAUAUUGAUGAAGGUGUAGCAGAGCUUGUUCCCGGAGUUCUGUUUAUUGAUGAGGUGCAUAUGCUAGAUAUGGAGUGUUUUUCCUAUCUUAAUCGUGCUUUAGAGAGCUCCCUAUCUCCAAUAGUUAUCUUUGCUACAAAUAGAGGAAUUUGCAAUGUGAGAGGGACUGAUAUGGCCAGUCCUCAUGGCAUACCUGUUGACCUGCUGGACCGGCUGGCGAUCGUUCGAACACUAAUCUAUGGUCCUGCUGAGAUGAUACAGAUUCUAGCUAUCCGUGCUCAAGUAGAGGAACUGGUUGUGGAUGAGGAAAGUUUAGCUUUCCUAGGGGAGAUUGGACAAAGGACAUCUUUAAGGCACGCGGUUCAGCUUUUAUCACCUGCCAGCAUUGUUGCACAAAUUCACUCUUCAUUUCAUUCUUCAUCAAACAGCCUACACCUUCUCAACAUAAACAAUGCGAUCCACAGCAUUGGUAAACCGGAAUCUCAGCUGGUCCAUGGAGUUAAUCCCGUUAACAUCGCAGAAUUGUCUCCAGCCCCCUACACAUCUUUGCAACUCCAGAAUUUUGAAGGACAUGAAUGCGAUAUUCCCCGGGAUACAGGAAGGGACCAAUGAAAACCCAGCUUUGGACACCUGCAUCCUUGAUAUAUGCAGCAGCAGAUGGGGGAAGAGGCUGGGUUUCAAAUAACAAAAAUAAUCAAUAAUACAGCCAACACAUAAUCAAAUAUUAAAAAAAAAUUAACAAAAAAAAACACGUAAAUAAAUAAUUAAUGCUAAAUAUAUAACUACAAUCUGAUUUCUGGAAAAAUGUUCUGCAGUGAGCUGGCAUGUGAAA